CUGACAUUUUAUCUGUUUGCCACUCUUUGGAGAUUGGAAAAUAAUUAUUGAUUUAUUGUUAGUGCAUACUCCUCGUUGACUAAAAGCCAACAUCCUGAUACCACAACACAGUAAAAAAUGCAAAUGUCAUGAAUAUGUAGAUUAUUAAAAAUUGGAAUCGCAGUUCGAAGUUAGAUAUUUUCUUUUUGCGUUAGGCUUCUCCACAAGAUUGCAAGGAUCACCAAGGUUUCUAAUCAAACUAGGCCGAAAGUACACAACUUAGUGCGUUAUAGUGUUUAAGCAUUUGUAUGUUUAGUUGAUUCCUAAAUAUGUAAAUGUAGGUAUAAAUAAAAUAAACAUUUUUUAUGUCCUAUAAUAAUAUUUAGUUUUGUUUCAUAAUCAACUGUUUUACUUUCGUGUCCAUAAUGGGUAGUGAAAAAGAUCGUUCAUCGGAAAUGGGUGACGCUGAAGAUAUUCCUAGUGAUUUUUUUGAUGAUUUUGCCAAAGAUGACUUCAUGGAGGGUUUAAGUGUUAUAGACAGCUGGGACGACGAAGAUAAGACCGGCAAGCGUGGGGUGUCAUCUCGCGUCCAAUCGGAAUCUUUAGACGGCGUGAAAGAUCAUCGGGAAUCGGUUGAAGAUGGAGAUGCUGACAAGUCUGUUACAGAUUCUCGCAAGCCUACAUCUUACGUAAAAUUUGACGAUAAAUUCAAAUGGCAGAAGCGUGACUCCUCUGGGCCUCGAUCUUCGAGUAGUAACAAUCCAGACAAUUACAUCAAACCUGGCAGUAGGCGUGACCCAAGCAAGACCAACGAGGCGAUCAAAAAGGAUAAGGAGGUAAAAGUGAAGGAGUACCUCGCUAAACAUUUGGAUUCGGCGGAUGAUCUUCGGCCGCCUGGUACAGAGCUGGAUGACUAUUAUGACGAAGACAAGUCCAAGGAUCGUAAAAGAACACCAAAGCAUGUUGAGGAAGAUGAGUUUGAGCAUCCUCCAGAGCGCCGAGCGUUACCUAGACAUCAUUACAAAGAUGGACCUCACUACAAAGACGAACCUCAUUACAAAGACGACCAUCACCACCCAAGUCCGCAUCGACCCAGCCCACGCCGAAGACGCAGUCCACGGUGGAGUCCUCACCACAUGCCAAGACGUAGUCCACAUCGUCAGUUUAGACGCUUCAGCCCUCCUCCUCACAAGUUUUUUAAAAGGCGGUACAGCCCACAGAGACGGAGCCCUCACAGGCGCAGUCCUCAAAGGCGCAGUCCACGAAGAUAUAGUCCUAUGAGGCAUCGUGCUUACAGCCCAAGAAGACGCCGUUCUUCAAGAUCUCCAUACAGAUUGGAACACAGGCCUGCAAACUAUGAAUAUGACAUGCAGAGAUCUCGUUCACCUCGUUCUCGUUCCCCGCGCCGUACAGAUACAUUCCUAUAUCCAGCUGACCCCAACUCUACACCAGUCAGUUUUCCCCCCGAAACUUAUUUGCCAGAGCCCAGUCAAAUUUACAACACUGGGCAGAAUGAAUACCCGGGAAAUGUACCUGGGUAUUCAUACCCUCAAAAUGUGCAAUAUAGUAACAGCUACACUGCUGGUUAUGACUAUACAGUGCCACCUGUGCCCCCAACUAAUGUACUACCUGGGCCUACACCAAUGCCGAUCCUGAACCCAGUGCCAGCUCCAGUGCUAGACCCGGUUGCAGCACCUGCUAUGGUACCGGCACCUACAGUUCCUGUAUUGGAACAGAAAACACCAUAUGAUGCUUUGGCACAAUUAGUUGCAGAGGGCAAAAUUUCUCAAGAGGAUUAUCUUAAACUUGCACCAAAUAAAGGUGCAAGCAGUUCCUUAGAAUCAAAAGUAAUGACUGGAGUUAUGACUCGAUGCAAUCAAGCUUUGACCAAACUGGAAAAACUGGUCCUGCCAAGUCAUUUAAUGAUGAACAAUCAUAUCUUUGAUUCUGAACUGAAAUCUGCUGAGUCCAAGUAUCGUUCACCACUGAAGAGACAGGCGGACAUUGAAUUUAAUUUUACUAAAACCUACGGACCUACGGUGGCGCUACAGAACAAGCAACUUGUGGAAGCUAUCGUUAGCACUAUAGGACUGGACAAGUUGGUGUCGAAGAAGAAGAAGUCUCUACCCAAGGACAUGAAGGAUGCGGCUUGUCAAACAUCGAAACCUUAUUGCGACGUGUGCGAGAUCCGCGAGUCUACGAAGGUGCACGAAGCCGACACGACUACUGACCCCAAGUAUUUCACGUCAACAGUUCAUACGCAGGUUGAGGAGCAAGAUCUGGUGAAUUCGAAAACUGUGUUCAACCCGUCGGGAAGCGUUGCAGAUGGAGCACCCAUUUCUAUAGCUCACCUGACUCCUGCGCAGUUGGUGUCCCAGUUGGCGGCGCGAGCGAAGACCUUGCAACAACCGACGCCCGCACCACCUGUACAUCAGAACCAGUUUGGCAGAAGAAACCCUAACUAUGACUACGAUGGCAGAGGCGGCGGCCCACAGUACCAUCACAACUAUAAUAACUAUCGAUAUUAGAAGUAAAAUCUCAUGGACAAUCUAUAUAUCCAACAAUUUUGUUAAUCUGUCUGCACUUGAAUGCGAUAUCUUUAAUUAAGGUAAACUUGUGCAGUGUCCGUCACAAGUUAUUUUGUAAUAAAAUUUUAAACUUAGAAGCC